AUGUGCGAAGACACUAGUGAAGAUAUUGGCAAAACUACAUGUGAAUAUGAAGGACCUGGAAAUCUGAUUUUCAAAUAUGAAGAUUUUAGUGAACCGAUUGUUGAAUGCAAAGAUAUUAGCAAACCAAUUAUCAAAUACAAAGAUAUUAGCGAACUGAUUAUUGAAUAUGAAAGUACUGGCGAACCAAUUACCAAAUGUAAAAGUACUAGCGAACCGAUUGUCAAAUGUGAAAAUAUUAAAGAACCAAUUUUUGAAUACAAAAGUACAGGCGAAAUACUGUUUGAAUAUGAAUGUACUUUUGAUGCAACUUUCAUGUGUGAAGGUACAGAUAAAGUGAUUUAUAAAGAUAUUGCCGAUACAAGUUUUAAAUCUAAAA